AUGGAAGUGCAACACCAAGGAACUGCCAACACCUUUGUCACUUUCACUGUGCCUUAUGCUCAGCUUUGGUCCCCCAGCAACCCAUUCCUCUAUCACUUUGAAGUAGAAUUAGGACAAGAUACUGUUCAGAGCUAUCUAGGUAUUCGGACGAUUGAGAAGAGAACAGAUAAUAGAGGAAUUUUGCGACCUUUCCUAAAUGGACAAUUUGUCUUUCAACUGGGCACGCUGGAUCAGGGCUUUUGGCCCGACGGUCUUCACACCGCUCCAACGUUUGAAGCCAUGUGA